AUGACCAUGUUCCGAUUGCAGUACAAGACGUAUUACGUUCUGGAGAACUCCCGCCUUUGCCUCGCUCUUCUGCUCGUUGUUGUCGUGGCGGUGGUCAGUGUUGAGUCCAUUUUCUACGGAGGUGGUCGACGAUACUACGGUGGUUAUGGACGUGGGUACGGCGGCUACGGAGGAUACGGGGGAUACGGAGGUUACGGCCGUGGAUACGGGGGUUACGGCCGCGGCUACGGAGGCUACGGCGGCUAUGGAUACGGCCGUGGCUACGGUGGCUACGGUCGCGGAUAUGGCGGAUACGGAGGCUACGGUGGUUACUACGGCUGA